AUGCUUCGCAGCGAACUUUCAUUGCUGGUUUUGGUGGCAUUCGGCUUCGUCUUUUGGUAUGUGGAUGCGGCAGUUCAUCAGAUGCCUCUGAUGAAACAAACGAGCCAGCGUGUUAAGAUGAUGCGCGAAGGUAGAUGGGUAUACCGCUACACUGACUUCGAAUUUUUUGGCGUUAUCACGAUCGGUACCCCAGAGCAAAAAUUCCUCGUUGCCCUUGAUACGAGCUCAUCAAUUCUGUGGGUACCUGAUUCGACUUGUGGAACACCUUUAUGCGACUCAUCUAAAGAGUGGUCAUCGCAAUGCAUGCUUGAUCAAUCUAACGUUAUCAUAUGCAAUACUAUUGAACUUUGGCAGUCUAGCGAGGUUUGCAAAAUUAAGCAAAAUUUUAAUUCGUCCGCAUCAGAAACCUACGAAUCAGUCGGAGGCAACUGGACAAUACAAAAUGGAAUAAUUGAUGCGGCAGGGUUGUUCGGUAAGGACGUUGUUCGUUUCGGUAAAAAAGGAGGGUCUCAAUUAGUGGUAGCGAAUACGACAUUUGGUCAAGCGUCAGCAAUCAGUGAUUCAUUCGAAUAUUACGAGGCGGGUGGAAUUCUUGGUCUCGGAUUUCAGUCGACCGCCUUUGGAGAAGUUUUGCCACCGUUGAACAAUGCCUGGGAUCAACGUCUUCUCGAUAAACGAGUUUUCACUGUUUGGCUUCACCCGAUGAACAGUGGUAUAAAUUAUGGUCCGGCUGGAAUAUUUACUUACGGUGGAGUGGACAGCCACAACUGUGAGGGUAAUGUCGUAUAUCAACCACUCUCCUCGGACGCCCAUUGGCAAUUCACUAUGAAAUCGAUCUCGUUUGGUACUUACCGUAGUAACGCGACAAGCUACGAGGUGCUGUCCGAUACUGGCUCAUCGUACAUUGAAGGACCAUUCGUGAUGAUCAAUUCAAUAGCGAAAAAACUUGGCGCGACGUAUGAUCCAACUUAUGACUUGUUCUUUUCGAACUGCUCGGGAUUCACCAAAAACAUCAAAAUAGAAAUUGGUGAUCAUACGUAUGAAAUUGAACCGACCAACUAUAUUCUUCAGGGAACUGAAGGUAUCUGUAUGCUAAUGUUGCAUCCGAUAGAUGGCAUGGGAUUAGGGCCACAGGUGUUCCUCGGUACUCCGUUCAUCCGUCAAUAUUGCCACAUCUACGAUGUUGACAACAAGCAGAUUGGUUUUUCGAAAGCAAAAAUACCUGUCAGUGACUGA